AUGGGAAUCCAAGGAUUGUCUAGAGUCAUUUGCGAUAAUGCUCCUGCAGCAACCAAGCAAAAUGAUAUUAAAAACUAUUUUGGCCGAAAGGUGGCUAUCGAUGCAUCCAUGUCCAUCUAUCAAUUCCUGAUUGCUGUUCGCCAGAGCGAUGGCCAACAACUGACUAACGAAGCUGGUGAAACUACAAGUCAUCUCAUGGGCAUGCUUUACCGAACUAUUCGUAUGGUUGAAAAUGGUAUCAAACCUGCAUAUGUGUUUGACGGAAAACCACCAACAUUAAAAUCUGGAGAGCUUCAAAAGAGAGGAGAACGUCGUGCUGAAGCUCAAAAGGAAGCCGAUACAGCACUUGAAACAGGCGACACUGAGAAUUUUAAUAGAUUUAGCCGCCGUACUGUCAAAGUGACUAAAGAGCAAAACCAAGAAUGCCGUCGUUUGUUAAAACUCAUGGGAAUUCCCAUUGUCGAAGCGCCUUGUGAGGCAGAAGCUCAAUGUGCAGCACUGGCCAAGGCUGGCAAGGUAUAUGCUGCUGGUUCAGAAGAUAUGGAUACGCUUACUUUUGGUGCUCCUGUUCUCUUGCGACACUUGACUUUUAGUGAAGCCAAAAAAAUACCUAUUUCCGAAUUCAAUACACAAAAAGUUUUGGAGGGAUUGAAUUUUUCUCAUGACGAGUUUAUUGAUCUAUGUAUCUUGCUCGGAUGCGACUACUGUGAUUCUAUUCGUGGUAUUGGACCCCAUCGCGCGGUCCAGCUAAUGAAGGAGCAUCGGACAAUCGAAAACAUUAUCAAGAGUAUUGAUAAAACAAAGUAUAAAGUUCCUGAAAAUUGGCCGUUUAAAGAAGCACGACAACUAUUCAAGGAACCAGAUGUACUUGAUCCUGCAACUGUCGAGUUGAAUUGGACCAAGCCAGAUGAGGCAGGCUUGCUCCAAUUUCUAGUGACAGAAAAGGGAUUCAGUGAGGAUCGUGUUAAAAAGGCAGCAGAGAGAUUAUCCAAGUUGAUGGGUACUGCCACACAAGGACGUUUGGAUGGAUUUUUCAAAGCCAUUCCCAGACCUGCAUCUGACCCAUUGACUUUGAAACGCAAGGCUGCAGAGAGCAAGACAACGCCAAAAGGCAAGAAUGCAAAGAAAUCAGUAGCUGGCGGAUCAUCCAAGAGCAAAUCGCGUUGA